CAAGCAGCCAUCAUCUCCACCAGUCAUCCUCUGCACACGCUCACAACAACAUGUCUUAUAAAAUCCUGCUGCUGGCAGCCUUGGCCGCCGUUUCCUUAGCUGAAAAAGUCUCACGUGAGCACUACGAUCCUGAUCCCUACGAAAAAGACCGCUACGAUCACGAUCCAUACGAUGAUGACCGGUACGAUGAUGAUCCCUACGACGAUAAAGGUCACCACGGAGGUUCCUCCUACCACGACUCAAAUAACAAGAAACCGGACUACAACUUCCACUACAGAGUGAAAGACAAAUACUACAACGACUUCGGCCACUGGGAGGAGCGCAAAGGGUACGUCACCAAGGGCUGGUACGAUGUGGUGCUGCCUGACUAUCGCAGACAGGAGGUGCAUUACAUCGUAGACGGCAAGAAAGGCUACAAAGCCACGGUCACCUACACCCCCCGUGAAGAAAGACAAGCAUCACAAAGGCGGCCACGGCCAUGGCUCAUACAAAGGUGACCCAUACAAGCCUGACUCAUACGAAGAUGACCCAUACAAGCCUGGCUCAUACGAAGAUGACCCAUACAAGCCAUACAGGCCAAGACCUUCAUACAAGCCAGACUCCCAUGAACACGGGUCAUACGAGCCAAGGCCUUAUUACUAGCGUGUCGCUGCCAGCUGCAACCUGCCAGUAGCGCCGCCACACAUAGCGGCGUCUCCUCUUCCGUACGCUUAUAAUGCUCACGGAGCAAUCUGUGUUCAUGAUUUAUAAUAAAACCAUUAUCAAUACACUUUUUGGUAAUUAUGCCACCCAGGUUGAGUAAAUCCAUCCUUGGUUGCCUCCAGUUGUUCCAGUGCCACUUCCUACCUUGCCGUGAUGUGCACACAUGUACCUUUAUCUCUUUAUAUUUGCCGUUAACCACAACUCACUCUUUUAUCUAAAUCUUCGUUAUAUAAUGACAGUAACGUUACUUGAAA